UGCCCUCUCAUGUUAAAACACCAUCUCUCUUUCCCUCUGAUUAUCCGCGCGUCUUUUCUCCUGAGAAUACCAGAACCACAAAAAUUAGCAAUCCUCUUUUCCCAUUCAGCGAUUUCUUCUACAUAAAUUUUGUGCUCAGUAAAUUAUCAGAGGCCUGGUUUCAAUACCCCUUGUGAUAAAUUAACACAUAUGGCGAAAACUUUGAUAGAGGAAUUGGGGUAUCCAAGUAGCUUCCCUGAAGGUCUCAGAGUUUUGGUAGUUGAUGAUGAUCAUGCCUGCCUCAAAGUUAUGGAGGAAUUGCUCCAAUCCUGCAAAUAUGAAGUUGUGACUUGCUCUGAGGCAACUGGUGCUCUCAAUAAGAUUCGAGAUGGAAAUGGCCGAUUUGACGUGGUUUUGUGUAAUGUGCAUUUGCCUGAUAUGGAUGGGUUAGAGCUUCUCAAUCAAGUUAGAAUGGAAAUGGACUUGCCUUUCAUCAUGAUAUCAGUUGAUAGUGAAAAAGACAUUGUAAUGAAAGGAAUAGAGAAUGGGGCCUGUGACUUCCUUAUAAAGCCUGUAAGAAAGGGGCAAUUGAAGACCAUAUGGCAGCAUGUGAUUAGGAACAAGAUUACAAAGAAAAAUAAUGGAUCGAAGGAAGUUGUUAAAAUUAUGAGUACAGAAGAUUGUGGUGGACACCAUGGAUUAUUGAAUGGUCUUGAAAAUGUACAUUCCAGGAACGUAGAAGAUAGCCUUGGACAUCAUGAAGCAUCAAAUGGUCUUCUACAUGCAACAUCGCUGAACAAGGGGAAUGACAAAAAGGGAAACAAAAGAAAGGACAAGGGGAAGGAGGAAAAUGAUUCUAGAUGUACUUCUGCUUCUUGUACUCCUAAGAAACCAAGAAUAGUUUGGACUAGUGAGCUCCAUCAAAUAUUUUUGGAUGCCAUAAACAAAUUAGCCCAUAACCAUGAAGAAGUUAUUCCCACGAAAAUAGAAGAGCUAAUGAAUGUUCCAGGGUUAUGCAAAGGAAGCAUUGCUAGUCACUUGCAGAAAUACCGCAAAAACUUGAGGACAGAAAUAAAGGAUGAAGCUCCUCAAGGUGAUUCUGCCCCAAUUUAUGUGGGAAACCUUCCAAAAGAGAGACAUGGCUCCGUUAUUGCUGAAACACCAGAUCUCGAUGCUCAAGUAUUUGCUUCUCAAAUGAAUCCCAUGGCAUCUGAAAGAAGAGUUGUCAACAGAAAAGGACAUACAAAUACUUCUACGAAUAUGGUUUCUCGUCUACCAGCAAGUCUUGGAGUCUCAAUGGGAAAGGAACAACUAAUGACAGGUUCAUUGAUUUCUCCAUCGAUGGCUCCUGUCCAUACAAUAAGCAACUUCCUCAACAUGGCCUCUUUAGAACCAUGUGACAUUCAAUCAAUGCUACCAUAUUAUAAAGCUGGUGGUUUCUUGCAGUCAUGUAAUACUGUGAGAAGAUAUCAUUUGGGGAACGCAAGGGACAAUGACAUUGCCUUGAGGAGUUCCCAUUCAGGUUUUGGUUAUUUCGAUAAGCAUAGCCAAUUUCACAUGCAAAACCUGAAAAUUCAAGACAUUAGUCCCGAUAUGCGAGCAUGCACUAGUGGGGCUCAGUCAUGCUCAAUGGGGACUGGUGAGAACUCACCUCUUAAGAACCUGGGGCAAGUUACUACUGAGAUGGUUUCCACCAAUGAAUUGGUACAAGAGAAUGACCUAAAAGUGCUGUAUAUGGCGCCCUUUCAGAAUAAUAUUGUGUUUGAGGGUUCAUCUGAGGCAGCUAGUGUGGAUAUGCUAGAUGCAGCGCUCAAUAAUGAAGGUGGCAGUAAUUCAUGAUCUGAAUAGUUUGAAGAUCGUUUUGUUAAUUCUCUCCUUAAUAAGAUAGAAGUGUGACAAAGCCAGCGUCUAAGCUGUAUAUAUCCAAUGAUAGCAGAUGAGUAGCAUUUAUCUCCAUUAUUGUCCUGGCUUUUUCCAUCUCAAUGCAUAAAAAUGUUGAUAUAAACACCAUUGUCAUUCAGUGUUCUCUGGUGGCUUUAUUCAGCUUUUGUUGAUCCCAGUUCGUUAUCCUGCGAAUGCAAUUUGAGCCAUCAUUCAACAAGGCCAUUUCUUCACUCACUUUUGACCAUUCAGUUUUGUGAAUCUACUUCAAUCUUGUAUUUGGGUAGAGAUGUGUUCAUAGUUGAGUAGAUAUUCUUUGGCAUUCUUCCUGUAAAUAAGGAUCAACAAUUUGAAGGCAUUGAUUUAUGACUUAUAGUACAUAAAGACUAUUUAA